AUGGGACUCGAUGCCAGGAUCCAUGAACAGGCGGCCGAGCCCUCGGGGUUCACACCCGUUAAUGCCAUCGAUCCCAGAGACCGAUACUAUAUACUCAAGGACGGAGAAGUGAGGAAGGUCAGGACUUAUAGUAGAUUUAUUGCCAUGGCCUACGACAAGGGAGUACCCACCUCGUGGGUACAUAGUGAUGAUGAUUUCAUAGUGGAGGAGGAUGACCACCCAAAGAUCAGCCAGUUUGAGGACCUUAGUUCGCAAUACCCUGCCUCGAAAACAUCAAGGCUCUUGCAUGGGACACUAUUCUCAACCGGCCAAUGCGACAAUACCGAGUUCGCAGUACCCCACUCUUCCAGUGGAGACGGUGCGGGUUAA